AUGGUGGCUGCAUCUCGUGGAUUACCUCAUGCACAUAUUUUGCUUUUCCUAAGCAAAGAGGAUAAACAACCUGAUUCUCGACGUAUUGAUGAGAUCAUUUCUGCUAAAAUACCUGAUGCCCAAGCUGGUCCAUACUAUUAUGCGAAUGUCAAGGAAUUUAUGGUUCAUGGUCCUUGUGGUAUUGUUAGAAAAUCAUCUCCGUGUAUGGCUAACGGGAGAUGUACGAAAUACUUCCCCAAGAGGUGUAAAGAUAAUGGUCGUGUUAUCUUGAAGGAUGGGGUGCCUUUGGAUAAUCGAUUUGUAGUUCCUCACAAUCGUUUUCUUCUUUUGAAGUAUGGAGGUCAUAUUAAUGUGGAAUGGUGCAAUCAAUCGCGAUCAAUCAAGUAUUUGUUUAAGUACAUAAACAAGGGUUAUGAUCGCGUGACGACCUCUUUUUUUGAAACUGGUUCUGAUGGUGUGGAAAAAAUUGUGGAUGAGCCGCUUGGAAUAAUAUUUGGAUAUGACAUUCAACAUAAGGAUCCGGGUGUUGAAAGAUUGAGUUUUCAUCUACCAAAUGAACAAUAUGUGGUUUUUGAAGAUUCUGAGCCAUUGGAACGUGUCGUGAAUCGCAACACGGUGCGUGAAAGCCAAUUUUUGGCUUGGAUGGAAACAAAUAAAAAAUUUGUGGAAGGAAGAAAUCUCACUUACGCAGAAUUCCCCACGAAGUUUGUAUGGAACACAGAUACUUGGACACUUAGAAAACAAAGGUAUUCUAUCGGGAGAUUGUUUUAUGUUCCUCCUGGUUCUGGUGAUAUGUAUUACUUGAGAUGUUUACUGAAUGUCGUUCGUGGUGCUACAUCUUAUGAAGACAUUAAGUGUGUUAAUGGUAUUCAGUAUGCUACAUUUCGAGAUGCUUGUUAUGCAUUGGGGUUGUUGGACGAUGAUAGAGAAUAUAUUGAUGGCAUUACCGAGGCUUCUUUUUGGGCUUCGGCUCAUUCAAUACGAUUGUUGUUUGAAGCCUUGGCAAGAGAGCAUUUAAUCUAUGUCUCGAAGUUCACCGAUGAACAACACCACGUGUAUGAUACGAUAAUGUUUGCUAUUGAUUCUAAUCACGGUGGAUUAUUUUUUGUUUAUGGGUAUGGAGGCACAGGAAAAACUUUCAUUUGGAAGACAUUGUCAGCGGCUAUUCGUUCAAAAGGUGAUAUUGUUUUGAAUGUGGAUUCCAGUGGUAUUGCUUCACUAUUGUUACCUGGUGGGAGAACAGCUCAUUCUCGGUUUAAGAUUCCUAUCAAUCCUAAUGAAGAUUCAAUCUGCAAUAUAAAACAAGGUAGUGCAUUAGCUGAGUUGAUUGUGAGAGCAAAACUUAUUAUAUGGGACGAAGCUCCUAUGGUUCACAAACACUGUGUGGAAGCUGUUGAUCAGAGUUUGCGUGACCUUAUGAGAGUAUGCAAUGAGUUGAGCAUGGAGAUGUCAUUUGGUGGGAAAACUGUUGUCUUAGGGGGUGAUUUUAGACAGAUUUUACCAGUUGUGCCUAAAGGUAGCCGACAAGAUAUUGUAAAUGCUACUAUUAACUCAUCAUAUCUGUACCUAUGGGAUAGGGAUAGAGGAAGAGGAAAAACCGAAGAUUUCACAUAG